AACAAUGCUGAGAGAGACUAUAAUUAAUAUCCCGGACUGGUUAACUGAUGAAAAUGUGACUGCAUAUUUUCUAGGGAGUCAGAGUGAAGGUACAACUACUGUAGGUCUUGACUCAGACAUUGAUGUGCUAGUCUGUAUGUAUGAUUGCAAUAUUAUACAAGACAUGUCAGAAUGGAAACAUUGCAAGGUAAACUACCUCAUGAUACAGGAUGAGAACACUACACCUGGUUAUUGUUUCUUACAACUGCUCCGACAUGAUGCACCUCUACCUGUCACUGCCAGUCCUAAUGAAAACUAUAUAACUGAUAGAAGUGGAAGAAUAUUGUAUAAAAACACAGUAAUACAUGGUUUACUUGAAUGUGCUGUAGGUCAUGGGCCAUCACUUGCUAUACAAGGACAACCUGGAAUCUGUGAUAGAGACACAGUUUUAGCUUUUCCAUGUAGAUCAUGGCCUCAAUCAGCAUCAAGUUGGUUAGAUAGACAGGGUAUUGACAGAUGGCCAACACAAGAAAUGAGAAGAUAUUUAGGCAGCACUGUGUGUUUUGUUGUUCCAACCGGAAGUAAGGUCAGUGCAUAUCAUGAACUGGAAUGGAGAAUAUCUACAUCAUUGGCAGAAAGGUGUUUAAUACUCAACCUUAAUGUAACACAAAUAAGAUGCUAUGUGCUGUUGAAAAUGAUUCUUAAAUUCUUUCUUAAUCCUCAGGAAGAAAUCAAUAUGUCAAGUUUCAUGUGUAAAACAAUUCUGUUACAUUGUAUAGAAAACACAGAGUCAAGUAUAUGGAAAGAGAACAAUUUAUAUGCAUGUUUAACAUAUUGCUUAGUGGAAUUAAACAGCUGUGUACAUAAUGGUCGUUGUUCACAUUUCAUAAUUCAAGAAAACAAUUUGAUGGCGGGGCAAUUUACAACUGAGACAAAACAUGAACUUUCAAAAAAUAUAAAUGAAUUUAUUCGGAAUGAUAGACAAAGUCUAGUUAGAAUUGGUAUUGAUGAUCUUGGUCAUAGACUGCAAGUUAAACUGAACAGGGUUCCACAUGCAGUUCACUAUUUUCAAUCUUCUACUGAAAUAUAUAAACAUUGUUUGACCAUAGACUUUUUUAACACAGCUUACAGUGUAAGUAAAAGUCAUAAGGAAGUUUUGGAACAUUUACUCAAUAAAAGCAUUAGAGCAAUGACGCAAUCCGUUGGUAAAUUAAUGACCGUCAGAGGUAAUGGUAAUAGAUUAGAUCAUGCUGCAUGCAAGUUUGUAGCACCUUUUCUUUUUACCACGUAUGGGUCUGUCCUGGCAUCACGUAAUAUUGGUGAAUAUAAUCAAGUGUCACCUCAAGCAUUGGUUUGGUUAUCAGCUGGUAUAAACUCAGAUAUCUCAUCAGGCAGACUUAAAUUGGCUUCAGUGCUUUACAGUACAGGAGAUAUGGAGAAAGCUGAACUUAUUUUGAGACACACUGAACAAAAAUAUUUCACUUAUCCGGUUUUCCCUAUCUGUGGCUGCUGGACGAAGAUUCCACAAGCAGUAACAGCAGAAUUCACGAGGUUAUGUAGUGAGCAAAACGAGGACUGUAUCAAACAUAAAACAGCAUAUUGUGUCAGAUUUAUACGGGAAGAGAUCAACUGUGUUCCUCAUGAACUACGAUAUGAGAUGUUCAGAUCUUCACAAGAUGACAGGAUACACAGAGAUCAGUAUAAAGACUAUUGGAUGGACUGGGCUGUAGUUGAUUCUCUACCUUUCCUAUACUUCCUACAAUAUAAGAUCUACCGUCAUCUACAAAGGCGCCAGGAUCAACUACAAGCACUAAGUAAACUUAUAAGAACCAUAGAAAUAGAUAAAAACCUUGGACAUAGAGAAACUGCUCUUAACAUUUUAGGGCAAUGCAUGGAACAAGAAAACAGGCCUCAACAGGCAUUAAAAUGCUACAUGCUUUCUCUUCAACAAAGACCAAGAAACAAUGCCGCAAAUAUCCAUAUAUGCAUGCUUCUUGAUUGAAUAUUGGCUGACCUAGGAAUUGUGGAUUAAAUACAGAAAGGAUUAAGACUGAAAAUGUCAAUAAUCAUAACUGCUUGUGUGUAUAAAAUUUUCAAAUGUUAGAAUAUACGCUUUUUCAUUCUUCUGUUUGAUACAUUUAAAGUCUAGAUAGCAUUGAUUUAAAAGACCUUUUCCGGAGUUUUCAUAUACACAGGCAAAAAAAUAAAACUGCUUUAAUAUUAUAAUUUCUUAAAACUUUGCGUUACACAGAAACAUUUUCAGCGGAACAAAUUUGGGUUAACCGUCCUCGAAUUUGAGUUAUCUGCUCCUUAUUUUUUCCUUUAUAAAAGGGCAAUGAAGGUAAACAAUACCUUUAUUUUUCUUAUUUUCAGCUUACUUCGGUUUAAGUCAUUGUGCAAAUUUUCAAAAGUGA